AUGUCUGACGCCGCACCUCCUUACGACUCUUCUGGCUCGCCUCCAGCCUAUGAGGAGAUCGAAAAGAAACUCAAUGAAUUGAUCGGCCCUAAUCCAACCGUUGAGAAAGUCCUUAAAGCAGCUAAAAGUGUCUCGCCUAAGGAAGCAGAGAUCCUUGUCCAAAACUCCAAGGCCAAGUUCCCGCUCAAGACUGAGAGGCAAAAGGAAGAUUUUGCACUCGGCAUUGCUAGCGCCACGUCUUCUGAUGAUUUCAAGCCGCAGAUCACCUCCGCUUCAUCGUCUGCCUCGAGGGCAGCAAACGAAGUUGCUCGUAUCUUCCAAAAGCUACAUCUGAAGAUCUUGGAGGUGGAUAGAGUGCAUGAGUCUGGAUUUGCUAAAGUCCUUCUUAAGCACAAAGACCACAAGACUGAUGACCAGAUGAAGACUGCCGAAGGGUUCAAGAAGGACUCUUCUCUACUCGACAGCCGAUUCCAAGAUCUUAUCACGGAUUUCUCGACGUUCGUGGAUGGAUUCUCCGAAUGGGCGAAGGAUAAGGAGAAAGAGUUGAGCGAUAAGAUUAAAAAGGUUGAGGAGGAGAUCAAGGCCUUGAAGAAGAAACUUGUCGACCUCAAGAUUGCCCGAGAUGUGUUUGCCCUUAUCGGGGCCAGCAUUUUGCCUAUACUUGCUAUCCUUUUAGAGGUUUUUAAACCAGCUGCGAUUCCCAUUCUGAUUGCAGGUCUCAUUGCUGCUGGUGUUACCAUGGCUAUUAUUAUUGGUCUCUUGGUUGCUAUACAAUUGAUUGAGCACGAGCUUGAAAUGAAAGAAGACGAGAAAAAAAAGCUGGAAGAUCAGAAAGAACUGAUCAGAGCGACAAGAACCGAGCUGGUGACUCUCGGUAGUGAGUCUCUGUUAUCCUUCAAACUUUCUGAGGAACCGAAGUAUAUGAAGGACAACUUGAACAACGCAGUGACUGUCUCAGACAGUGUUAUGGCGCAGUACAUGGAAGAGUAUGCCAGAGGGGUCGAAUCUCAGGGGAACUAG